CAUCACUUCCAAGUUUCUAACAUGGCGUCCAGCCGGGUGCUGGAGAGGGAGGUCCGGGAGGAGCCGAGGCGCGCCGCGGCCGCAAACCUCGACUUCUGCCUCCACAAAUACUCCCUGCUCAUCAUCAUCGGACGGACGGACCGCUCCAGACAGACGGCGCACAUCCGCGCGGAGAUUGAACGAGGUAUUCGAUCAUGGGACGUGGACUUGAAGUCAUGCAACCUGAACCUCUUUCUACAGGAGUUCCUCUCUCAUCACACGGCCUCUUUUAAGGGCGUGGGGCAGAAGAGUCUGCGCCACUGUACCCGAGUGUUGGACACUCAGGUGCUCAUCAGUCCGUCUCAGGAACAGGUUCAUUCAGAGGUGUUCGCUCUGCUGUCGAGGGAGUCGGCUCAUAAGCUGUUAAUCCUGUCUGGCCUGAGCGUGGAGGAGAGCGGAGAGCUGCUGUUUCACAGAGGACUGUUUUCACCACACCAGCUCAAACAAAUAUUAGUAGAGCAGUUUUCAGAUCAGGAGACCUCUGCCUCCUCUCUUUCCAUCAACAAAAUCAAUUUGACCAUCAGCUGCCCCAACACUGGCGAGUGGAGGAAGACUCUGUUGGGAAACCAGCCCCUGAAGGGUCCCUUCAGCCUCCACAUCAAUCCCCCAGAGGUUCUGCCGGCCAUGGAGGCUCUGGGGGAGUUCACCUCCCUUGUUUUGGGUACCAUCUGCCCGACGUCCUCUUUCGACCUCCUUCCUCCUCCGACCACUGUGGGUUUCCUGAAGCUGUCUCGUCCCUGCUGCUAUGUGUUCCCCGCCGGCCGCGGUGAUUGUGCCUUCUUUGCCGUCAAUGGGUUUACGGUGCUGGUGGACGGAGGCUCAGACUCUCAGGCCUGUUUCUGGAAGCUGGUCCGCCACCUCGACCGGGUCGAUGCAAUUCUGCUGACGCACAUCGGAACGGAGAACCUGCCGGGUGCCGUCUCCUUCCUAGAGAGAAAGGUGGCUGAGCUGGAGCUGAACUCUGAUAUCAAAGAUGACUUGUCCAAGAGACUAAUUUCUCCGGAGCUUGGAGUCGUGUUCUUUAAUGCACCCAGCAGGUUGCAGGUGGAGCAAAAGCCUGGCUCAGAGAAUGUAUUGAAGAGCACUCACCAGGCGGCCAUAACCCUGCAACUGCUGAAGAAGUUGGACAUCAAGCCACAGCCAAUGUUUCGGCCACAAGGGGUCCCCAUUGAGUCGCUAACCUUGUUUCAGAAGAUGGGAGUUGGACAGUUGGAUUUAUACAUCCUUAGUCCAGGCAAAAACAGCCAGGAGUAUCAGACAUUCAUGCAAAACUGGCCCGAUGGAGUGUCGUCGGCAUCCAAAUCCCAGACCCUCCCUCUCACCGCCUUGGCCUCAGUGUGCGCCCUGCUUGUGUGGCAUCCAGCCAACCCUCAAGAGAAGGUGGUCAGGGUUCUGUUUCCCGGUGUCACCCCACAAGCGAAGUUGCUGCAGGGGCUCGAGAAACUGAAGGGGUUGGCCUUCUUGCAGAAGCCCACCGUGACAACUGGGGACUUGGAGAAGCUCCACGACGAUAGAACUGCCAAAAGGACGGAGAGCCAGGACAGCAGCAAGUCACAGGGGAAGGAGGGUACACUCAAACACGGGAAAGAGCGAGUUGGUAAAGAAGAGAGUAAGGAUUUAUCUUCAAAGGAAAAGGGAAAAGCAUUAAAUGGAGCUGGAACAAGAGAUGCAGACAAAACGAGGAUCAAAGAGACGAACACAAAGCAUAAAGGACCACUGUCAGAGAAGAAUACCUCCAAAAAAGGUAUCGGGAAGGAUGGGAAAAAGGAGGACAAGACCAGCAACAAAGAAGAGAAUGGUGCGACAAAAAAUGAAAAAGUGAAAAAGAAUGGCGUCCCAUCCAAACCAAAAACUGAAAACAAGACAAAGCUCAAGAAGGAAGCGAAAAAUGACUCAAAAACUGGAGAAAAGAAAACACGAAAGGCAUCAGGAAAGGAAGCAAAUGAUGGCAAGAAGGUACAUGCGACCUGUGAGCUGCCAAAUAACAACUCAGACAAACACAACAAUACAGCUUUGUCAAAAAUCGCAGAGCCAGAGUGUUCUGUAACCGAGCAGCAGAAUCAAAAGACUGAGAAAGAGCCAGAGGAGAAUCCCUGCAGCUCCAAAAUGUCUACCCCUGAGGAUAUGACAGCAGACUUUCUCAGGUUAAGAGAGGAAACUGAAGUUGCGGAGGGAAUGGUGGAAUCAGCAGGUGGCGGAAAGCAGAGAAGCGGCGUGUCAGGAAACGAGAGGAGCAAAGAGACCUCCAUUAACAGCACUGAGAGAUCAGUGGAGCAAUCAGCGAGUAGUUCAGGGAUAAUGGGUGGAGAGAGUGGGGAUAGAAUACAACAUAAGCCUGGGACUGGAGAGCAAGCGGAUGCAGACAUCCGAAAAAGCCCCGUGGACCAGAGUAAAAAUACUACAAAACCUGCAAAGGUUGUUGGUUUUCCAUCUCCCUUGAACACAACGCCAAAGAAUGAACGUUCAGUCCAGCUGGACUUGACCCCGACUGAAUACACGCUUCUGGACGGUGCUUUGAGGCACAGCCCCCCCUCGAAGUCCUCUCCAGGGAACCAGGCCCCUGACGAGGAGACCAUGGAGCAGGCUUCCCCUGACUCGAGGCCCAACAGUGCGGGCCACACUCCUUACUGCCUGUCCCCAGAUGACGUGUGGUGCAACAGGGCUACUCUGAGCAGGCUGCAGGCUGAGAUGAGUCAGUCUGACUCAGCCGACGCUAACCAGCCAAAUGAGUCACACAAAUUAACCGAGGAUCAACUAUGUCAACCAAGAAGUGCCCCAGAGAGCCACGCAAAUCCCAGAGAAAAACACCUAAGCUUCCUUUCGCUGGGUUCAUUCAAAGAAGGGUCUUCGGACCCUUCCCCAUCACUGACCACCACAACCACACACUCCAUGCCUGCUGAGGUGAGCUCGCCUCAGUCUACAGAAGUGGAUGAAUCUCUGUCCAUGUCCUUUGAGCAGGGACCGACGUCUCUGACCCAGAGAGAAGGAGAGGACAGUGUUCAUCACGCUCACUCCAAUGGGAGUCACUUUGUGGGAAUGUCUUUACCAAUGAAGAAGCCCCCCAGAUCUCUGGGCCAGGGUUCGGAGAUGGGUCGGCCUCUGGGCCCCAAUGCUCUUCAUUUUGAUACACCUUCUCAUGAUGUGGACUUAUGCCUGGUCUCUCCUUGUGAGUUCAAGCAUUUCAAGCCACCUGACUCCAGCUCAGGGGCCAGCGAGGCCUCCAGAGGAGCGUCGACUCCACACCACCACGGCUACAACAACAACAACCACCGGGACACGACUCCCAGUGAAUCCAACGCCCCUGUUUGCACCGAGGACUGCCCAUCCACCACAGCAGACGGAGCUCUGGAUUCGGAUGACGACGAGUCGUGCAGCGAGCCGUCGAACUCGCCUCAUGACCUCCACACCAGCCAGGCUCUGCCCCCUGACCCCCCUCCAGCUUCUCUCAGGGACAGUCCACCACUGCCUCCUCAGCCUGACACCUCCAUGCCAGUCCCUCAGUCUGAGUCCGAUGCUCAUGGGAAGAGAGCAAAAGCCACUGGCAUGCGAGGGAAAAAAGCAUCUGCGGUUAUUGAGAGCCCUCAGAAAACAGGCUCAGGGAAAACCAGGGCUGGGGGGCAAAGUGGAGUCAUGAAGGGGACCGUUUCCUUGACUCGCACACCCUCCUCCAGCAACCGCUCAGCACCAGCAAAACCCUCAAGCGAUGCAGGCUUGAAGUCUACCUCCGUUGGCGACGUCAGUGUGUACGUGGACCUGGCGUACAUUCCCUCUGGGGCGUCCUGUCACACAGUCAGCGUCGACUUCUUCAGGUGCGUUCGCUCCUCGUGCUACAUCGUCAGCGGCGACAGCCCGGAGCGGGAGGAGUUGAUGAGGCAGACGCUGGACGCCCUGCUGGAUGGAAAGACACUGUGGUGCGAUGCUAUGCAGGUGACGCUGAUCCCGACCUUUGAGUCGGUGUCGAUGCAGGAGUGGUACCAGCAGACCCUGGACAGACAGAGGGAGUUGGGCAUCACCGUCCUGGGAUCCAACAGCACUGUUGCCAUGCAGGAUGAGACAUUUCCUGCAUGCAAGAUUGAAUUUUGAGGCAGCCUGGCAGACACAGCACAGGGGUGAUGUGAUGACGGAUGUCAGCGAGAACUGAAUGAGUAACAGUAAAAAGGAGUCAAAGAAGAAUUAAGGGAAAUGUGCAGCUUCUUUCUGCACGCCGUAAUGCAUUUUUUGUUGCACCCAAAGGCAGUUAUUUCUCCUCUCCCAAGGAGAACACUCGUCCCUUUGGGGCGCUGCAUGAUUUCUUUUAACCUAUGACCCUGUGGAAAACAGGAGAGGAGCUCACGCUGGCUGCAAAAGCAUGUCAUCUGCACACAUCAGUUAAAAAGAAGGCAAGCGUACAGAAAAUAGGCUUAAAGGCUGAGAUAGACUUUGCUACUCACAUCCAUUUCCCUGCUUUUAUUGCAACGUUUUUAAAAAAAAUAUAUCAAAUUUUGCUCUCUGCAUAAGUCUUAUCUGGUGAAUUUGGGACAUUUCCUGUAAUGAGAUUUCAACAUUGUGUCUUUAGUGAAGACAUCUUCAGGGUUGUGGUCAGGUGUUUGUUGUUGGCUUGGCUUUAACGGACACCGGGUGGGCUGUGCUGUGCUGUGUGUCACACCUGCUGUAAAAAGUACCUUUGAGGCUUAAACCACUUGAAGAGCAGUGCUCAGCAAAGCAACUCUGAAAAAAAGUGCUUUUCAACUGUCCGUCUGCAGCUAGCGGAUGAUAAUCGCUGAGUCUGAGAUUACUGGAAAUGCAAAUCCGUCAGCAGGGAUUAGAGUACGACAUCAAAUUUAAUAGCAUUACAGCAAUCACGCUAAAUGUGGUCCUGUAAUUGUAAUCCAUUAGAAGAGCUCAUAAUUGCGCCUAUCAGGAACUACACCCCAAAUGCUUUUGUAGAAAUCAAUGUUCACUCACUGUCUUACUCAAAAAAAAAAAAAAAAGUAAACUGGUGGUUGUGGAAGUAAUCAUAAAGUAUGUUGUAGAAAGCAAUUUUGUACAGCGUAAAGUCACAGUAUGGUGAGAGUAGGUAGAGAUGGGAGCUGUAAAUAGAAUUACAUAAAGAUCAGAUUGUAUUUAUGUUGGGAAUUAAUCCAGGAAGGGGAAGUGAAAGUCAUUAAAUAUGAAAUCAUACAGCUACCGGAAGUAAACACAUGACACAAUAUAUUCUCCUUUCCCAUAUUAUGUUUUGUUUAUUUUACAAAUCACUUUUUUUAAUUCGUAGAUUAUUAAAAAAUAUGACAUACGCAGCUGAUUAGCAAAACUAACUCCUCGGUAGUUUUCUUACUUUGUACCAAGUUUCACAUCAGUUUUAAGAAAACAGAUUUGCAUGCAGAUCAGAUGUAAUUUCCUAAAUCUUUGCUAUAUUUUUAUCUUCUCCCUUCAAAACAAAUCCAUGAAUGAACCGUCAGUUGAACGCUGAUUACCUCUGCUGUUAUUUUGCCUUGCGGUCACACAAACGUGCAUGUGGCAUAAUGUGCAUCUGUACCAAAGCAUGAGAUCACAAAGACACCGUUUUCUGCAGCGCUUGAAUGCUCCAUCCAAAUACUUAAAAAAACACAAUUCCAUUCUUAAUCCGAAGGGUAUUUUGUAAUAAUAUACUUUAAAAGCACUCAUAGAUAGAUUUUUAGUUUUUAUUUUUUUAGCAAUUAUCAUUCAUUUGAAUGUGCAAAGUUAUCACUCCCCCAAAUACCAAUGCUUCACUUUUCAAUUUUCUCUACAAAAAAACUUGCCAGUACGAAUAAUUUACUGGAAAUGGAGGGUUGAAUGAUGGAGUUGUAACCAGGGGGGUAAAGCAUACUUGACGCCCACAGUAGCCGAGUGAAUUGUAAUAAUGUGUAUGUGUGCCCUGCAUGUAUUCAGCUAUGUACUGUACGUUGUUUCAUUCAUGAUAUUCAUGAAGAAAGUGAGCAAAGCACUGUGGGAGAGUGAACUCUGCUGAAAGCAAAACAAAACAAAGCAAAAAAAAAAAAAAAAAAACUCAAUCAAAGCGGUUUUGCUGGUGGGACGAUUGUUUACCUCCUCAACCAGCAUCAACCGGCUGAUCCACCAGCAUGCAUGAAAACACAACCAGGACAUGCAUGGGGUUUAAAGAAAAUUGAAACUAAAAGGGACAAAGACUGCCACGGAUUAUUUAAACCACCAUUUAAACUUUUAAAUUGUUCAGUUUGUGUAUUUAUGUCUUCAUCUAACUGUUAGUUACUGGCUAUGUAUUCCUUUAUUUCUGUUUGUGAAAUGUGUCUAUAUAUGUCUUAUAUGUCUGCAUCUCCCUCUGUCAGUUUUCUUAGGUUAGAUAUUUCUUUUUGAUUGCAGUGUUUUAUGUUGGUGGCUUAGUUUUCUAUAUUUGAGACCAGUCUUACACUUCCUUAUUACACCCUGGCAGCUUCACCAUGUUUGUUUUCAGCAGGGGAGGCAGUGGGAUGUCUGAUGAAACGUUUUCACUUUGUGAUCGUCUGUAAGAACAUUUAAAAAUGAUGUCAACAAGUAUGGAUUGUAGAAUGGUCUUGUACGAAUAAAGACUUUUAAUCAUUA